AUGUGGAAAUCCGUCAUUUCAAUCAGUCAACAAGCCUCCCGAGCAACCCGCUCCCAAUUCUCAACAACCGUCCCAGCCCUCGUCACACCAACAGCAGCCAAAGCCCCCUUCAGCACGACUCCCCGCCCCCAAAAGUCAAAAUACCAAGGCCUUCAAGAUCGCGAAUCACUGAGCCCAGAGCGUUCAGAAACCACCAAGUCAGGCACGGAUGCCGAAGUCGCCGAGCACCCAGCCGCAUUCGAUCCGUCCAACACAGCACCGGAGAGCGAACUUGCAGCUACAGCGGAGGAGAGCAGGAAGGAAGGCGAGUCGGACAGCCCUCUAGACGUGAGUGCGGCCAAUAAGGAUGUCAGUGCUUGGAGACACCCAACUGAAGGUGGCCCAGCGCGCAACCAGGACCGCGAGUCUAGUGCUCGGAGGACUCCCAAAAAGAACAGGAGCGUUCAUGUCAAGGAGGACGGGACUCACGUUUCUUAUAAGGACUGA